AACUUCAUUCUUUCACACCAAAAUUUGCAAAGAAGAAUAAACACAAGUAUUCAUCGGCAUUCAAGAGAACACAAGCCAUGGAUUCUUUAAGAGGCCAAGGUGGGAUUCAGAUGCUUUUAACUGCUGAACAAGAAGCCGGACGGAUUGUUUCAGCUGCUAGGACCGCAAAACUAGCAAGAUUGAAGCAAGCGAAAGACGAGGCUGAGAAGGAGAUGGAAGAGUACAGGGCCAAAUUAGAAGAAGAGUAUCAGACACAAGUUUCUGGGACGGAUCAAGAAGCAGCUGCAAAACGUUUAGAUGAUGAGACAGAAGGCAGGAUUAAGAACCUUAAGGAAUCUAGCUCGAAGGUCUCCAAGGAGAUUGUCAAGAUGCUCACCAAAUAUGUUACCACUACUGCAUCAUGAUUCUCAUCACUACACUGACCUUAUAGUACUAUCUUA